AUGGCCCCUCGCUUGUAUGCGAACAGCGCAAUCGAUCGCCAUGCCCAAGGCUUCACGUCACGAGAAGGGCUGCCUUGCGCGGACGCUCUUGCGCUGCGCUCGUUCAGCGGAAGGCGAGACAGCAGGAAGAACGAUAGAGGGAAGCAGAUGACUGCUACAAGCUCUGCAACAACUAGCUUCGAGUUCUCCGCGAGGUGUCAGAGAAGAGAGACAGCAAAACAAGGUGCACUUUACUCUCCUUGGAGCUUGACAGAUCAGCCACUCAAAGAGGCGCGAAAGGCAAGGGCUGACCCUCGACUCGUGCCGUUGGAAAAAUCCAUCACCUCCAAUAGCCAAAGCACGUUGGGUCGUCAAUACCGUCAUGAGUCUGUGUCGAGGCUGCUCCACCCAGCGCACAAGGCACUCUUCUCCACGAAUUCCAGGCAAAGGGAUGCGCCUCUGGCAUCUGCCUCCUUACCUCAGCCCUUGCCCUUGCGAUGCACCAUCCUGGACGCCAAGGGAAGCGUAAAGGUUGUGUCAGGAUCUUUCUCCAGAGCUUCCCUCUGCGCUCAGCACAAGCUGGAAGCUAGAGACCUCAGAAAGGUGGAUAGCCGAGUACCCAACGUGGUGCCCACCAUCUUGGUCAGAGGGGAGGCGUUCUUGGUGAACAUCCUCCACAUCAGGGCGCUCGUCAAGAAGGAUCAGGUGCUGCUCUUUGAUAGGUGAGCAGGCAAGCGUUGGUGGUGCCCGCGAAAGAUAGCCGCGGAUGUGAAGCCCGUGUCGGUCUCUGCGGGAUUGCGCCAGUGUAGAUUCGCUUGGCAUGCUCACUCACGCCUGAUCGCUACCGCGUCCUGCUCUGCGCAGCUACGGCUCGACAGACACCGCGCUACACAGUGCCUUCAUCUAUGCGCUCCAGCACAAUUUGUCUCUGCAGCCUCCUCACUCCACGCUUCCUUACGAAUUCAGAGCGCUCGAGUCAAUCCUCUCAUCCGUGCUCUCUGCGCUCUCUUCUGAACUCGGCGUACUUCGGAAUCUUAUCACAGACCUGCUCGAGGCGCUGGAAGAAGACAUCGACAGGGAAAAGCUGCUCAGUCUGCUUCUCUACACUCGAAAGCUCCGAGCGUUUCUAGCGAGGUGCAGAGGCUCGGAGAGAUGCAUUAUGGAUGUACUCGAGGAGGAUGAAGACAUGGAGGCUAUGUACCUCACCCACUCUCGCCGGAACACGGGCGAACACCUUGAGCUGCAGCUCCUGCUCGAGUCCUUUGACCAUCAGCUGGAAGAAUUGAUAGCGCAGAGCGAGGCCAUGUCGAGCAACAUCGACGGCACGAGGGAGAUUAUCGACUUGAUUCUCGACAAUAAUCGCAAUCAGCUGCUCACUCUGGAUUUGAGGACAUCCAUCGGAAUGCUCGGCAUUAGCGUCGGGACGUUGUGGGCGGGCUUGUUUGGCAUGAAUUUGAUGAGCGGGUACGAGGAACACCCAUUUGCUUUCUACGCCACCAGCUCUGUAGCUUUCAUCUCUGCUGUCGUCGUGGGAUCGUUCGGAAACCGGGUACUGAACAAGACCAGACGGGUUGGCCUGGCCAUGCGCACUCGUCCAAGUGUUGGCAAGAGCCUGUUGCCUGGGUGGUUGCCUGGGGUGGCGUCUUCGCGCAGCGCGGCAGCAAUGAGGAGAGAAGAAGCGUGGAUGGAAGCCCUCAGCUCUCAUUCAAAUCACGCGAUUUCGCCUUCGGAUGCUUUGGAAGGACACGGAUAUGGAGGCAGUAGUACUUUGAACAACAGCGCUGCUCAGCAUGGCCCACUACCGACUGCUGCCCAGUCCUCGUACACCUCAUCCGGCGCGUCGCUCAGCUCAAGCUCCGCACCGGAUGCUGUGCCAACCGAUAGUGCGGGUCCAAAUCCGUUCGGCACACCCGUCCUCUCCCCGCCCUCUUUUCCAAGCUCGGACCACACAAGAACAGGGCCAUUGUACGACGCAGCCUCAUCUUCCUCUUUCUCCCGCAAAGCGGGAAAGACGGCCAAGAAGGCGGACAAGACUGCUCUUGGCGGCCCUCGUUCGGGCACGAAUGCUUUGGACACCAAGAGCGAGGAACCUCUCAAGCCUUGGAGACCGUUCACGAAGGGCAACGAGUAA